UUUUUCUGCGGAACUUCGCAAUGGCGGCCACCAUAGAGGAAACCGAAAUGCGGUUGCUAGCGAUUGUAUUUGUGAUCUUUGCAACAGUGUCUUAUGGCUCUGCAUCAACUCGUGACACUUUCAAAGAAGAGUUAUUCAUCAAGCCUCUAGACAGUGGGCAUACAUAUUUCCAUUUCCAAUUCACCACAAUUUGGAACGCGUCUAUUCAAGAUCAGGAAACAUUUCAUCACUAUCGGCUGUUCCCAAAGUCUUUGGGCGAUGUUGUCUCUACGUAUGGGGUACAAGAGCUGCACCUGUCUCAGACCCAGGGCCUCUGGCGCCAUGAGAAAUGGGGGUACCCAGUGGAAGAUGCCCCACCUGGAGCCGAAUUCUGGGUUUGGUUCAAACCAACUGUGAAAAAUGUGGAUCAGACGUGGGCCGAGCUCGUCAAUGCUGUGUCAGGACUGUUCUGCACCUCACUUAAUUUCCUGGAUGGUAAAUCAACCGUUGCCCCCAAAUGGAGUUUCCGGCCAAGGGGUGUGGCCACCGAGGGCUACUCCUACAGUAGCAAGUUUGUUCGUUACGGAGCCCUGCCAAGUGAGAUUGUGUGUACGGAGAAUCUCACCCCGUGGAAGAAGCUUCUCCCAUGCGACACCAAGGUGGGGCUUGCGACUCUGUUCAAGGCUGUGAAGCUCUACGAUGCUGCCUACCAUUCACUAGCCACUCACUUCAGGCCAGUCUGCCAGGACGCUGAGUGCAGGCAACAAGCAAUAGAACUCAGCCUCAGUCUGUCAGUGGUAGUCGACACAACCGUCAUCAACGCUGGCUAUCCAAAUUGGUCCUUGAAGAAGAUUUCCUUCACAACUCCUGUAUGUUGGCUUACACCGAUGUCUCGACCUGACAAGAAAUUCAAGCUGACGCCGGAACCAGCCCGUCGAGAGAGCUUUGUCCGUGGCCAAGAAUCAAGGACUUAUGCAGUGUAUGAUGUUGGGGAGGCUACCUCUGGUGGGAAGGUCCUCAACAUCGCAGCCAAAUUUGACAGUGCCCUCACCUUCUUUGACAUUCAACCUCCCCCAUUGUUUACUCAGCGAUACAUCACAGGUUAUGGCCUUGAACGAGGAGGUGUGAUGUGUGAAAUCCACAACACGCUGUCAUCCAACUUGACCGUCAUCUACAUGGACACCUUGCCAUGGUUCAUGCGAGUCUUCUACAAGACCCUCACCAUAAAGAACAAUGGUGUCAUCAUCCGUCCCUUCAAAAUCCACUACAUCCCUGGCAAAGACCGUAUUAGAUCUUAUCAGUUUGAGAUAGUGUUCCGACUCCGAGCUAACUCAGUCACAACAAUCAGCUACGAGUUUGAGCGAGCAUUCCUCAAGUGGACAGAGUACCCCCCAGAUGCUAACCAUGGUUUCCCCAUCAACUCCGCCAUCAUCUCCACGGUUCUCUCCGACGCCAGCAACUACACCGCCCCAGGCCAACAGUCAGCCGUCUUCGGGAACAAGGAUGAAUCUGACCAGUUUUUCCUGAGAAUCCACACUGAGUCUCUGCUGGUGUCUCUCCCGACUCCGGACUUCAGCAUGCCUUACAACGUCAUCUGCCUUGCUUGCACCGUCGUGGCCAUCGCCUUCGGGUCCAUCCACAACCUCACCACCAGGCGCUUCAUUGUCUCCGACCCCAGCAAGAAGAAGGGACUCCUGGCCAAGGUCAAGGCUUUCUUCAAGAGGGAAGAGAAGAAAGCAGAGGAUAAAUCAGGGGAAGACUCAGAGAAGAAGAGUGGAGAGGAAGUGAAAACAAGAGACAAUGAUGACAGCUCGACAGUGAGGAAGAGAGAGGAUGCUGGGAAGGAAUAGGCGGUGAUAUCGUGUGUGUGAGUGGAUGUAUGUGUGCGUGAAUAUGUGUGAGUGAAUAUGUGUGUGUGAAUAUGUGAGUGGAUGUGUGUGUGUGCUGGCAACAUAUCCAGUAUGCCAGAUGUUUUGCUCAGACAGGUUUUAAUGAUAGUAUAAGAUGGUAAUGAUGUAAGACUUGGUAAUUGAUGUAUAUUACUGGGAGGUGAUCCAUUGCAUAACCUCUGUAGUCUUCAUGUGGGACCAUUCUGGACUCUUUGUGCCCUGCAGAGAACAAAACCACUGAGCAUUCGGCACCACUGAGAAUUGAAGUAAAGAAGCUUCAACAUUAAUAGAUCUUGAUGAUGAGUGGAAUCAAAAUGACAUUUUGACAAUGAAGACAGCAGAGGUUUUCUAUAUUAAGCAUUGGAACAACUGACAUUGAUGCAUGAGUGUGUGAGGUUUUGCAUGAAUGUCUUCACCAACACAGAACAUCAGUUGUGCGGGGGAGAUUGUACACAACACAUUUCAUGCUGAAUCAAAAGGAAGAGUAGUUUGUAUUAUAUAAGUUGAUGUGAGGUACUGCUCAGCUCCAGAACGUAUGACACUCUACCGAGUCAAUCGCCUGUGAGGCACUUCAUUGAGUGAGUGAGUGAACUGGGUAAUAUGUGGCUGUGAUCAGUAUUUGGUUGCAUCAGAUUUGGUCAGUGACAAGUGGGAGCAUGAAGUAAUGCAGGUUUCAGGCGUUGACCACUAUGGUGAAACUCACAUGCCCCAUAAUGGUGAGGACAAAUCGAGAAGCCUUAUCAAGGAGAACCAAAUUCGAACUCACAAUCAUAAGUUUCUGGUGUACCCAAGGGAGGCAACUCUGUACAGCGAACUGCUGCUUUGUUGGCAGGUUAUGGAGUAUGAUGUUGCUAAGUUCGUUUAUCCAUGAGGGAAAGAUGAGGACGAUGUAGAUAGUGGUGUUAAUGUUGAACACUUACUGCUUAUUAUUGUUGGUGAUAUUUGUUCUCAAAAUUUGAAAAUUAUGAUAUAAAUGUUGUUACUUCAUGACUAUUAUUGUGGACCUUUGAGAAGGUCUCAGUUAAUGCAUUAAUUCUCAAUCUGAAUAUCCUAAGUAUUUCUUUAUAUGAAGUACUGACAUUAUGAUAGCAGUGCUGUGAUCUGCCAGACAGCAUGAGGUUGUGUGAGUCCAUAUCCCCUCUUGUCAGCAAUAACAGUCCCAUCACGUGACCCAUAGAGUCGAACUGUCUAUCAUUGUAUGUAUGUCAGGUUAGACAGGCCAUGUACACGCAUGGAUGUUGACUGAAGUGAUUGUGCACCUCUCAGUUUGAGAUUUGAGGGUGUGUUUUGUUUAACAUUCCUGUCAGGUUCAUCAGGUAUACAUCCUUGCUACAUGUGAUGCAUUCAGAGUUGAGAAUUCUUAUUCUUCAUUGUGAUUGGUCACUCUUACAAACGUUCCAUCUUUGAUCUGCUCCGUCCAUCCGUUACAACUGAAGUGUGUGUCGGUGUGGAUUACUGCUAUACAAGUGCUGCUUCUUUAUGGAGUGUCUGCCAUGUGCUGCUUCUGUAUGGAGUGUCUGCCAUGUGCUGCUUCUGUAUGGAGCGUCUGCCAUGUGCUGCUUCUGUAUGGAGUGUCUGCCAUGUGCUGCUUCUGUAUGGAGUGUCUGCCAUGUGCUGCUUCUGUAUGGAGCGUCUGCCAUGUGCUGCUUCUGUAUGGAGCGUCUGCCAUGUGCUGCUUCUGUAUGGAGUGUCUGCCAUGUGCUGCUUCUGUAUGGAGUGUCUGCCAUGUGCUGCUUCUGUAUGGAGUGUCUGCCAUGUGCUGCUUCUGUAUGGAGUGUCUGCCAUGUGCUGCACAUGGAUCACACAUACUCUACUUGUUGGGGAGGACGAACAUGGCAACAACAUUACAACUCAUGUUGUCUUGGGCUUUCAUGUCUCUAUGUUGUAAUGGAUUUUUUGUGAUCUAUUCAUGAUCUCAUCUCACUGUGUUCCUGUGAAGAGCUUGCUAGAUCUAGUCUUGCUUCUAGCAUACACCAACAGGCCUAGAUAAUUCUUGCUUCUAGCAUACACCAAUAGGCCUAGAUAAGUCUUGCUUCAAGCAUACACCAAUAGGCCUAGAUAAGUCUUGCUUCAAACAUGCAUCAAUAGGCCUAGAUAAGUCUUGCUUCAAGCAUACACCGAUAGGGCUAGAUAAUUCUUGCUUCAAGCAUACACCUAUGCCUAUAGCAAACAGUAAUAGGCCUCACAGCAGGUAGGAUGUACACUUGACUGAAAGUUUAUCUAAGUACACCCCCUGCAACACCCCAAAUCCCACCCUCAUCACAAGUGGACUUUAUAUCCCAGCUUUGCUCACAACGCAGGUAGAUUUGAUAGCAGCUUCUGAGAAUUGUGCAUCACAUGCUUGGUACAAGAUACAGGUCCCCCUGGAUGUGGUUUGUGUGUGUUUAGAUGUGUCAUAAUGUGUCUUCAUCUCAUGAUUGAUGUGUUCACAUCAACCUUCCAUUCAACUCAGUAGUUGCCACUUGUCAUGUUGAUCAGUCACCGUGCUCAUCCCACGCUGGCUUUGCUGACUUCGCCAUUCAUCAAACAUACUGAAUUCAGUGUCUUGUGUAUCUGUAAAGGGAAGUAGAUUGUGAACGGAUAGGGAGAUGAGAAGCCACUCACAGCUUGACUUUCCAAUGAUUCCUUUUGAGUUAUGAAUCAUACAUGAAUUGAAUACAACUAUGCUCAUGCUGUUGAUCACUGGAUUGUAUGCUCCAGACUCGAUUAUUUACAAACGACUUUAAACAAACAAACAAAUACACUAACCAAUGUGUCUUUGUGUGCCCCCAGCUGAGAAUGUACCUGUGGCAAUAUGUUCAAGACAUCCCCACCAGUCAGGGGCAUUGUGAACUUAUGUACAUUGUUUACAUAACUGUAUAAGGUCGUUAUUCACACGUUCAUUGAUGUACAUCAUUUUGACAUAUAUUAUUUUAUAUACUGUGCACAUUUAUUAAAUUUACCGUGUAAAA